AUAUGUGCACAACAAAUGAAUUGUCUUAACUUGAUUCAGCAGCUUGAUAAUGAUGAAUACUUUGUAAUAUUUGCUACUAAUCAUUGCUAUGUUCACACUAUAGAGGAGGAAGUCGAAGAAGAAGUGCAGCCUCCACCAGAAGAAGAACCAGCCCCUGAGGUGGAAGAGGAGCCAGAACCUGAAACUGAAGAAGCCCCUGCUGAAGAGGAGGCCGCAGAUGAGUUGAAACCAAAGCCAAAGUUCAUGCCCAACAUUAGUGCUCCAAAGAUUCCUGAGGGAGACAAGGUGGACUUUGAUGACAUCCACAGAAAGCGUCAGGAGAAGGAUUUAACUGAGCUGCAGUCUCUGAUCGAAGCUCAUUUCAUCCAGAGGAAGAAAGAUGAAGAGGAACUGAUUGCUCUGGUCAACAGAAUUGAGAAGCGUCGUACAGAGAGGGCAGAACAGCAGAGAAUCCGUGCGGAUAAAGAGAAGGAGAGACAAGCUCGUCUGGCCGAGGAGAAAGAGAGAAGAGAACAAGAGGAACAGAGAAAAAAACUGGAUGAAGAUGCCAAGAAGAAGAAAGCUCUUACCAACAUGACGCACCAGUAUGGAGGAAUACAGCAAAAGGGAGAGGGCCGCAAAGGGGCAAAGAAACAGACGGAGAGAGAGAAGAAGAGGAAGAUCUUGGCGGAGAGGAGGAAGCCACUCAACGUUGAUCAUCUGUCUGAAGAUAAACUGAAAGAAAAGGCCAAUGAGCUCUGGCAAUGGAUGAUGCAGCUGGAGGCUGAGAAGUUCGACCUCGGCGAGAAACUGAAGAGACAGAAAUAUGACAUGAAUGUUCUCCAGGCCCGAAUCACUGAACAGCAGAAGUUUGCCAAAGGUCGUGGAAAGGGGAAGGUCGGGGGCAGGCUGAGGUAAACGUACAGCACGGGAAAGUACUCCGGCAAUCCAGAGGAUUUUGCCACCUUUGCAACAUAUUCAGAUGUGAUCAUUAUGAAAUGAUUGUGCUGUUUGACUGCAUGUGUGGAGACAGUAAAGUGACAUUGUUUA